UUGAACCGACUGGAGAGCUUUGAGAAAGGUCUCAAGACAGUGAUGGACAUGGCCGCUACCCUUUCCUAUCACAUCAAUAAAACAGAUGUUUCUGGAAAUAAUGGCUCUAUGUAUAUCAACAAGCAUGCUGAGCUGAGAAAGUCUCUCUACACCAUGUCUCUCAUUAUUUGCUGCCUGGCCUUUGUUCUUGGUGUGCUUGGUAAUGGAGGGGUUAUCUGGGUGACCAGGUUCAAGAUGAAGAAAACAGUGUACACAGUUUGGUUUCUCAACUUCGCUGUGGCCAACUUCCUCUUCACAGCAUCCAUGCCCCUCAGAGUGACAUACGUGGCUUUGAAUUCCCACUGGCCUUUCGGCAAGUUCAUGUGCAAACUCAACAGCACAUUAGGCUUUCUGAACAUGUUUGCCAGUGUCUACAUUCUGGUGGUGAUCAGUGUGGACAGAUGUGUGUCUGUGGUGUGGCCCAUCUGGACCCGGAACCAUCGAAGUGUACGCAAGGCGUCCUUUGUGAGUCUGGGUAUUUGGGUUCUGGCUCUGAUUCUCAGCGCUCCACACUUCAUCUUCAGGGACACUGGGCCAUCAUAUGACAAUGAAAACAUCAUCAACUGCUUCAACAACUUUGCUUUUUCUGAUGACUAUCAAACACCGUCUGUGAAUCAGCUGCGACAGUUUCGUCAUCAGGCCAUGACCAUCACCCGCUUCCUCCUGGGAUUUGUUGUUCCCUUCAUUGUCAUUGUCUCCUGUUAUGCUGUGAUAAUUCAUCGUAUCAGAAGAAACCGUACCCUGGCCAGCCAAUCAAGUCGCCCCUUUAAGAUCAUCGCUGCAGUUAUCACCAUUUUUUUCCUGUGCUGGGCUCCUUAUCACAUCAUGGCUUUAAUUGAGUUGGUGAGUUUAAUACCUUAUUAUCAAAGUGAAACAUUAGACUAUGUCACCACUAUCGGAGUUCCUAUAACCAACAGCCUGGCCGAUAUCAACAGUUGCUUGAACCCACUGCUGUAUGUGUUCAUUGGCCAGGAUUUCAAGGUUAAAGUCCCCAAAUCCAUGCAGAUGAUUUUGGAGACAGCCUUCAACGAAGAGGUUUCUGGCUCUCACACUGACACAAAGUCAGUGGACACCAGUUCAAGCACUUGGAAGUCAGCUCUUGGUACUGAAGUUUGAGGCUGUCCAUGACAAGAAGAAACUGAAACUGUUGGCAGCACAGUGGCUCAGUGGUUAGCAUUGUUGCCUCACAGCAAGUAGGCACUUCUGAGUGUUUUCUCCCAAUAUAAAAACAUGCUUGCUACAGUAGGAAACACCUGCCAUUGCCCUUGAUAUACGGGCACAGAAACAGGCACUGGACUAUGACUGCCCACUGCUCCUAAUUAAGCGUGAUAUAUACUUCUGCGUAAAAUCUACGCCGUGGCUACGUACGUAAGUACAUGGAGACUGUAACAACACAUCGCGGCGAAGCACGUCACUCGGCUGUGUCUUGGUAGCAUUGCAUUUCCCCUGACUCAUUUCCUGGUUCUCCUUCUCCAUAAACAACAUGAAAUCAAGGAGAGGGUUAACUUUUACUCCUACAGAUUUCCCACCGUGAUCAGAAAGCACAGGGGAGACACUUUGUUUCUCUCACUAGGACUCUAGAGUCGGUUUCGCUCUGAAGCUAAUCGCUGUCACUUGCUCACUCACUCUACUACACACUCCCUACACACACACACACUACACACACAUACACAAACACACACAGAUGCCGGCCUGCUAAAAGAUGGACGCACACACCAACACACAAGUAUAAAC